GAGCAUCUCGGUCGGGCGGCGGCCGGAGUGCGCAGACUCGCUGCAUCCUUUGCAUCCUUCCACUCCAAGCAGCAUCAGCACUAGAGGCGGCGGGACACUACGUAAGAAGACGCCCCAACCGGACCAGACCGGACUCGACCAGAACAGCGUUGUCUUUUUUGCUCACGAAUGUAAAGGAUAACGAGCGCUUCGCCUGCCUCCUCUUCCUUCUUCCUUCCCUCCUUCCUUCCCUCCUUCUUUCCUUCCUUGCUCUUGUCAGUAGUCUGGGCGCUUCACACCCUGUCACAAAAUGGCGGACAUGACGGAGCUGCGAACCUCCUACGCCAUGUCUCCCGUCCUGGCGGGCUUCCUGGGUGCGGGCGUUCUGGUGGCGGUGGUGAUCGUGGCACUUCUGCUUUGGUCCUUCUGCCAGCGCCGUUAUUUGCGCGCGUCCGGACGCUACAAGCUGCACAGCGACCGCUACUGCGACACCGAGGACCCACCCUUCAAGUUCAUCCACAUGCUGAAGGGGAUCAGCAUUUAUCCAGAAUCUCUCAGCAGCAGCAAGAGGAUCGUGCGUAACGCCAGGCGGGCUGGGUGGGCCGAGCGGGACGGCAGUGGCGCGGCGGGGGCUAGGGGCAUGGUUCUGGUGGACGCCGAGAACAACGUCCUGGAUGUCCCGGGUCAGCUUCAGAUGAGCCAUUUAGUGGUGCCCGCUGGGUUGGGACCCCACGAUGGCCUGGAGCGCGCGCUUCCCGUGCGCGCAGACUACUGCUGUCUGGACGGUAGCUCGGCCGGCAGCAGUCAGAGCAGCAGCAAGACGGCGUCGCCCUUCACGCCCGCGUCCUCAGAACCAGAAGCUGAAGCCGGCCUGGGCACCGUCAGCCUCGCCGUGGACUACAACUUCCCCAAGAAGGCCCUGGUGGUCACGGUGGUCGGGGCUCGGGGACUGCCCGCCAUGGACGAGCAGGCCGGCAGCUCGGACCCCUACAUCAAGAUGACCGUCCUGCCUGAGAAGAAGCACCGUGUCAAGACCCGCGUGCUGAGGAAGACCCUGGACCCGCUCUUCGACGAGACCUUCACCUUCUACGGCGUGGCCUACAGCUCACUGCCCGAGCUGACGCUGCACUUCCUGGUGCUCAGCUUUGACCGCUUCGCCCGCGACGAUGUCAUCGGUGAGGCUCUGGUGCCACUCAAGGGCGUGGACCCCAGCACGGGCCGGGUCCACCUGAGCCAGAGAAUCACCAAGAGGAACACACAGUGCGAGAAUCGCGGCGAGCUGCUGACGUCGUUGUCCUACCAGCCAGUGUCCCAUCGCCUGAGCGUGGUGGUCCACAAGGCUCGACACCUCCCCAAGAUGGACAUCGCCGGCCUGUCUGCAAACCCCUACGUGAAGGUCAACGUGUUCUACGGCCGCAAGCGCAUCGCUAAAAAGAAGACUCACGUGAAGAAGUGCACGCUCAACCCCGUCUUCAAUGAGUCCUUCAUCUACGACAUCCCGCCCGAGCUGCUGCCCGAGAUCUCCGUGGAGUUCCUGGUGGUGGACUUCGACCGCACCGCCAAGAACGAAGUCCUGGGCCGCCUGCUCCUGGGCUUACACGGCGCCCUGCCCUCUGGCGCCGCCCACUGGCGGGAGGUCUGCGAAAAACCCCGCCGGCAGGUCUCUAAGUGGCACACUCUCAGCGAGUACUGAGUGCCGGACCCACGCCUAGACUGACCAGUGUACAGAGCCCGGUGUGCAGCGCGCACGGGUGCGCGCACGCACGCGCGCACACACACACUUGGGAUCCUCUUUGUAAACAUUGUCUGUUAUCGCCACACACUCAACAAAAUAUGCUUGUACGAAGGAAAGGGUGUGUGUUUGUGUGUGUGUGUGUGUGUGUGUGUGCCGUGCGCUUAUGUUCUGACAAAGGAAAACAAUUCGGUGUUGUCAUCAUGCAGUUAAUUGCAUGUCUUUGUGAAGAGGACACCAAAAGCUCCCUUCAGCCUGCCCCCAUCACAGUCCGGACAAUUCCCACCAUGCUUUGCUGCCGACUACCGACACCUGCUGGUGAGUGUCAUGGAAAUUCCUUUUGAGCAUUUUUUUCCCCAUGCACUUAAAAUCCAGCUCGAGGUCCAUGCACGUGCUUGAACCUUGAAAUUUAUGCGCAACGUGAUUGACCCAGUCAAUAGUGAGCCGUGACGCUCGCAUUGCCGCCUAGAUGUGAAUUUCAGUCGCCGACAGAGGGCGGUAAAACGCCAAAAUGGCAGCACCUGCAGAAGGAUGAAAACAGGCGCAGUCAGCUGCUUCAUUCUGUUCCAAUACUGCAACAUUCAGACUGGGAGAGGCACAUACAACAUAUCCCAGUCUUUCCUUGAGUUUCCCACGGGCGUGUGUGCGUGACAUGGCCCGUAUUCUCCCAUUCACGCUCCGGUCAUUUUUAGUGCGCCUGGCUUUCAGACUUUGAAGGUGCCUCAAUUUUCCCGUACAGACUUCUGAUUCAUCGUGUGUAACCUGGAAGUUUGUGCACCAAAGAGGCAUGACAGGAUUAACUCUGAGGGUGGCCCCGAUUCCCAGAUCGUGUUUUCAUGAGCUCCGUUUGGGAAAUAUGUCACACAUAGAAUAUCAACUUAAAUUGUGUCGUGGAUCCGAAAAUACUACUAAUUGUCACGCUAAUCCAGUGCGCAGAAUCGCACGUAUUCGUGAGGACAACAAGCGUACUGGUAGCUGGACCUUACGGUCGAUACGGCAUAAAGGCUCCAAACGGCUUUCCGUGCUGUCGGGGUUGCUCGCGUGCAGGUUCCAAUGUGUAAAUAAAUUCAUGCGUGUGCUUGUUUCUAACAUGAAGGACUUCCUUUACGCUUUCUUUCGUGGCUUGUGUCGCAACUAACGAGUCGUCCCCAAGCCAGGCUGGCAGUCGAGUCGGAGACGCUAAUCGCAAUGCUAAGCUAACAUCACGUCCAUGCUUACCUGUUCAUGAGCUGAAGGUUAACCCGGGCGGCACCUGAAGGCAUUCAGCGAAGGUAACAUGACAUGACUCCAAAAGCUUCGAAAACGUUCCUGUUCAUAUUUCUUUGAUGAUGAUGUCAUAACCCCGCGUGCGUUGUAAUGGCCUUGUUCAUUCGCGUCUGUGCUGAUCAGCGGCUCGAAAUCUCUGGCUGUGUUGAGAAUGACACCCUAUUCACAAUAUCCUAAGUUGGCCAUUUCCAAAUGAGGAGUCCAAUACUCUCUUAUCGUUGUAGCAAGAUUUUUGUACAGUGCGUUAUAUGGUUGACAAUGACGUCCAAUCCAAAUCCCGUCGUUGUGAGUUGAGGCGAUUCGAUGAAUCGUUUCAGCUCUCGGGUCAACGAUAUCAAAAUGCAUGGAUAGUAAUUAGGCAUGAGUGAAUGAUUCCCAACACUAGUCUUCUCAUUUGCACCAUGAAUAUUGUGCCAGCCGGUGCCGCUGUCCCCCCCGCCCC